AUGUGGUCUAACGGACCACAUGACCACCAAAGACUUUCCAGAAAACGAAGACAACCUCAGAGUCUUCCCAGGGAACGCUACCUUAGCAUAUUUAACAAUGUGCCAAGGCAGCCACCACAGCUGGGAAGCCAACGACCACUACGAAAGACACCACCGCUGUGUGGGGAGAAAGCACGACUGCUAGACAGUCCUGGUGAAGGAAGCAGUUUUGCCUGUCACCAAGAAUAUGACAAGGGCCUAACAUCUGCUCCUGUUCAAAGAAGUGUUCAACCUCAGAAAGGAGAUGAAGCUGGCAAUCAAUGGUCAAGAUACAAUCCUUCUGCAAGCCCCCAGAGUUAUAACAGAGACGAGAGAGAGAGCUGGACAAGACAAAGUUUCUACGCUUCCAAGUAUACCAAAGACCAGUCUCCUCAUACAAAGAUUCCUACAUUUUUUGGAGAGUCACUCUCAGGCCAAGAAGCUUCUCCUGUCACUACAUCAUCAAAGGUGUUAGAAGAUAAAUCCAGCAGGCUAACUGAAAAGGAGCUUUGUGAAGCUGUAAGGGCGUGGGCUGCCCAAACCUCUGAGGCAUCACAGGAAAGCGGCAUCUCUGAAUUUGAGGAAGAACUUACAAGACAAUUAUUCAGGAAGCAUCCAGUCCCGCCACCAGCAGAUGCAGAAGACAGCACAGAAGGAUCUGAAGAUAGUCAGCUCGGCAGUUCCUUUAAAUCAAUAGACUCAAAAGUCAAAGAGAUUGAAGACCUUUACCAACUAUACAGUGAAACUUAUGGGAUGGUGGUAAGACAGUUGAUUGAAAAGGAUCCUUCACUUGAAAGGCCUAUACAGUUUUCACUGAGUCAAAAUUUACAAGAAAUAGGUGACAAGCUUCUUAAAGAUCUCAAAGACUUUAUUGCAGAGUAUCAUGCUUCUCAAGAUAAUCGGAAAGUCUUCUUAGGGGCUAUAGUGGUCAGGCAGAAAGAAAAUCCAUUUUAUUGCUGCAAUCUUAAAAUCCUUAAUAAAGUCGUAAUAAAGACAGAAUGCAAGCCAAUAAAGGCUGACGUCACCAAGGUCCCCGGAAGUGUCUCCUCAGAGAGUGGAGGAGGCGAGGCCCAGGCCGCAGAGCCAGAGGCCCCUGGCGUUUGUACCGUGUAUACUGGCGGACAGAAGACAUGA